AUGCGUUCGACCGAUUCCUCUCCCCGACGGAGAGCGCUUCAUGAGCGCACACCAUCUCAUACCAACGAGUGCUCCCUGCCUGCAUCCAUGCGAGCCGUCAGCGACAGAUACCCGGAGCAGGAGGAACGUGAUGUCUACUCAGCCACGCCGUAUCCGACUAAGCCGGAACAAAUUCUUCCUCCACGACCUGGGAAAGGGCAUGAGUUCGUCCCAGACUCCCGCUUCCAAAUCGACGAAGGACCAAGUACAUGCACCGGGACCUACUCUACGGAUAACAGUGGCAUUGCCGACAGCAGUUUGAUUGAUCCCUCAAUAGGUGAUUGGGACCUCUCCUCGACUUUUGAUGCCGGCAACACGCCACCGCAGUUGUGGGAGGAUGAUCCCGGCUCAAGCAAAACUUCCUUCCCGGACUCGGAGCUGCUUGACCACGAACGAGUCGGCGUUCGACAAGUUAGUGCCGCGACUGCUGUUUAUUCGGAUGAAGAAUCCAUUCUCCCUCAAAACGCGCCAACCAUCAAGACCGUUCCUCAUGAUUCUGUCUCUCGCCAGCCUUCUGGUUCAGUGAAUGCCCCGUCAAGUAAUACAAGCCCCAACAUUAUCCCUAUAGGACCGCCAUCCAGCCCUAACUACGUUUCCCUGGACACCUCGAGCCUCAAUUUCGUACGGAUUGGUGCCUCGUCUAACCCGGAUUCUGGCUCCCGAUCGAAUUCGGUAUCCUCGUUGAACUCGCUGGGAACUGUCAUUCGAUAUGCAGACGCCGCACCUUGGACCCAUGGUUCCUCGUCCGAGCUAGGGCCUUCGCGCUCGGGCUCUCAAUCCUUUCGCUCCAGUCCCCCACAUCAGGUUCCCUCAAUGGGGUCAAUGUCAACCCGGCCCAGUGUUAGGGCUAGGAGCCAUUCUCGUUCCGCCACAUCGUCUUCGGGCAGCGGCCCGCGCUCCGAGAUACGGCAAGCUGUGGCUGAUAGUGGCUUGUUUAUCCAAUAUCCGACUUUAAGAGCACCUUCGUCAUCCGGCUCAAGGGUUGAGAACGGAUCAAACUCGGCAGGCUCGUCUGAGGAUAAUCUACAUGAACCGACUGUGGAUUAUGCAUCGGAUCGGUUCAGAUCUCACCUCUCUACCGUAACGUCCCGGUGGUCGGCCGAAAACAACUCUGGUUUUGCUUCUCCCUCGGGCAGUAACUCGAGGACUGUAUCACAGGAUCUUACGCCUCCCCCCGCGGCGCUGACCCGUCAAAGACUCACUUCAUCUUCGAUAUGGAUGGUGAACGAGUCGGAAGAUGACGAGUUCCUGGACAGCGUUGCUAGCUUACCGCCGCGUCCCACAAACCCUGGCGUUCCCAAUAGCCAAUCUUCAAGCUCAAGAAGCAGCAGCGUGCGGAGCAAUCAGCGUCCCGGCACGAGCUCUAGCCUUGUCACAAACGCCAUUCCUACGUGGGCCAAAUUUUAUUAUAGGGCUGAAGAAGAGGCCGGGAAUUCUACACUAGCUCUGGUGGAGGAAGUCAACCGCCCGGCUCCAGUCCGACCUCCAACUUCCAACUCCAGUUAUAUUCAGCGCUUCACCAGCGUUGUGACCCGGGCUAGGACCUUCACAAACGAGACUCGAGGCAGCUCUAAACCGCAACCUGUUGCAGAUGCCCGAGACCCUCGAAGCCACUGGGCGAAAAAAUCCGAGGCUUCUAUAUCAAGGACUGCAUCGUCUCUUCACCGACUGCGACAGAGUUGGUCGCCUCACCUGUUUCCUGAUAAACGCGGUGUUGCCGCGAAAUCGAGCGUUUGGCGUGCACCAUCCCUUGAUUCUCGGACUGAACCGAUCCUUGGGCGGCGAAACAUCCAAGUUUGGUCCUUUUGUUUGGGAUUCAUCUGUCCCCUCACGUGGCUUAUCGCCUCAUUUCUCCCCCUGCCAAAGCAACCGGAAAUGGUAAUUGAGGAAAGCUGCGGACCCGAGCUUGAGGCAACGCUCAAGAUGCGACUCCAUGACCUUGAGCGCAAGCGGUACUUGAAUGCUCGAUGGUGGAGAAACCUCAAUCGUUGGAUGAACCCUCUAGGGUUGGUGAUCGUUGCUAUCGUUAUCACACUGGCUGUUGUGGGAACCACAGUAGGCUUAUAA